AAAAUAAAAUGACAGCUUAACUUGCAAAUGUAUUAAUUUGUUACCUGUGUGAAGCAACAAAUUCUAGGGAAAAAGCUUGAAGAUGGAAUAAAACUAUUAAAUAUUUUACUAAUUCGGAACAGGAGGAUAGGAGAAAAUAAGAGGAAUUUGAGUGAUCGAAACCUAUCUUGAUGUCCUCGGCCGAUGCAGAAGAUACGGACGAAGAGCUCGAUGCGUUCUUACAGUUGGAGGAAGAUUUGCGAAACAUAAAAUCUGUGAUUCAUGUUACCCGAGAAAACAUCGACGCUCUAAAUGAAAAAUUUGCUGACUUUCAGCAGCCACCGGCGCUGUACCUGGAAGAGUAUCAGGAACUCACCUCAAAACUUCAUGAUCUUGAGAUCAAGGAACAGGAUCUUAUGGAAAAGAAGAUACAAAUGCAGAAUGAACAGUUAAGCGAACCCAGCGAACCUCCUGAUCCAGCAGAGCGGGUAGAGACUGAGAGCAUGUGCGGUACACUAAGUAGACAGUCGAAAAUGUUAUUACGAGCCUUCUUACCAAAUCAGCAACGUACAUCCGUGCAAGUAAUUCCAGGAAUGCGGUUAAAGGACGCCUUAGCGAAAGCAUUAAAACGCCGUAACCUUACUUGUGAGUUCUGUGAGGUAACUGCCGGCAACAGUAACUAUCCGAUUCCGUGGGAAACUGAUGUAAGCGCUCUAAACUGCGAUGAAGUGUUCGUUCGUAUCCUGGACAUUGGAUUCCCAACGUAUAUAUCGCAUCAGUUUAUCCGGAAAACAUUUUUUUCCCUUGCAUUCUGUGAGUGCUGCCGCCGUUUGCUGUUUACUGGAUUUUACUGUAAUCAGUGUAACUAUAGAUUCCACCAGCGAUGUGUCGAUAAAGUACCACCUAUAUGCAGCAAGCGACACAUGGAUAGCACAUUUUAUCAUGUGCUUUUGGCCAACCCAGAAAGCACGGCUGGUAUCAUUAAUCCAGGGGCCGGUGGAUACAGUACAAGCUUGCGUCAUCCACGUUCUCUCAACCAGCAUGAUCGUUCCAAUUCGGCUCCAAAUGUUUGCAUUAAUAAUGUGAUAAAGCCAUUCUUCGGAGGAGAAAAUAGACAUGUGAUCAGCAAUCGACCAUUACAGGCACAACCAAAUCAAGAGCAUUCGCAUUCCACACAAGCAUCACCUACAAAUACAUUAAACCAUAGCAAAAGACCGCGGGCUCGAUCAGCUGAUGAAAGCAAUAAGAAUCUGCUAUCUCCAAGGGAUUCCAAGCAAUCCGAUGAAAACUGGAAUAUCCAGGCAGAGGAAAUUUUAAUAGGACAACGAAUUGGUUCUGGAUCGUUUGGUACAGUUUAUAAAGCUCAUUGGCAUGGACCAGUGGCCGUAAAAACAUUGAACGUAAAAACCCCAAGUCCGGCACAGCUACAAGCAUUCAAGAAUGAAGUAGCAAUGUUAAAGAAAACACGUCAUUGCAACAUUCUACUAUUUAUGGGUUGUGUUAGUAAACCAUCUCUAGCGAUUGUGACGCAAUGGUGUGAAGGUAGCAGUUUGUAUAAACAUAUUCACGUUAACGAGACCAAGUUCAAGCUAAACACGCUGAUUGAUAUCGCUCGGCAAGCAGCUCAAGGAAUGGAUUAUUUACAUGCAAAAAAUAUUAUUCAUCGUGAUCUUAAGUCUAAUAACAUUUUCUUGCAUGAUGAUUUUUCGGUGAAAAUUGGUGAUUUCGGCUUAGCAACAGCAAAGGUACGGUGGUCCGGAUCUCAACAAUCGAAUCAACCAACUGGAAGUAUUCUUUGGAUGGCACCGGAAGUUAUUCGUAUGAAGGAGCAAAAUCCUUAUUCAUUUCAAAGUGACGUUUACGCGUUCGGUAUUGUACUAUACGAAAUGCUGACCGAGCAAUUGCCAUACAAUCACAUCAAUAACAAAGACCAGAUUUUGUUCAUGGUUGGCUGUGGAAAGUUACGGCCAGAUUCGACAAAAGUGCGAACUGACUGUCCACAAGCUUUAAAGCGUUGUGUUGAGGAUUGCAUUAAGUUCAAUCGUGAUGAACGACCGCUCUUUCGAUUAUUGCUAAACAUGUUAGAAAAUAUGCUGCGAACCAUGCCUAAGUUCCACCGUAGCGCAAGUGAACCUAAUUUUACUCAGACCCAACUACAAAAUGACGAUUUUCUAUAUAUGUGUUCAAGUCCUAAGACACCGGUAAACUUCCACAACUUUCAAUUCUACAACGGCGCAGGAAAUUAUUAACCUAUUGAACUGAUAUAAUAGUCGUUACUAGAAACAUGCUUUAUUUUUUUAUAAAUUAAACAGAUUCAUCUUGUUAGUUUCUCGCGUAGAAGUAUAGAAUGCAGUAAAUCUUGCAAAUAGAUCAUCGCAUGGUAAAAGGAUGAUAGUAAAAACAAAUUAAACAAGUACGACAAAAUGAUAGGAAUUUUGUCAUGAAAAAUCCAAGCGUUUGAUAAAACUACUUACUAUUGGUUUAUCUUUACUUAAUUUGUGUAGCACGCAUGAAUGAUAGCUUAUUUGAAUAAAAUCUCAUUAUACAAUUUUUUAAACGAGAUAAAACUAGUUGGUUUACCGAUUGAA